AACGCACCAGAGCGUUGUCCCUUAAAAACACGUGAAUGAACAAACAAAUAAAUAAAAGCGAGGAAGUUUGCGUUGUAAAAGUGAACUGCACAUCAGUGUCAUGAGGGGGUACCGCCCGGUUCUUAUUGUGCUGCUUCACAAAGUGUCUGGAAUCCCAAGACUCUGACAUGUUUCUGUGGUAUAAGAGUGUUUUUAGCUCGUAUUAGGUUAGGUAAAGCAAUGUUUGAAAGAAUAGGGAAGAGAAAAAAAUGGGCUGCAUGAGAAGCAAGCAAAGUCUGACAGGAAAAGUUCAUUACUGUAACAAUGUGGCUACUAUGGCAGUGAUGAAAAAUAGCUGCUUACAUCAAAGAAAGGCUGCUCCACAGUGGCCCUGAGAGACGUGGUGGUGAUGGGUCAGUGGUUGGAUGGACUUAGAGGUCUUUCCCAACCUAAAUAACUCUGCGAGUCUUAAACCCUUGAGAGUACCACCACAGACAGGUGACCUGCUCCUCCAUGUGCUUCCUUCUCUCACAGAUCACUUCUGAAAACUGACAGCAGAAACCAUUCAGCCAUAGUUGGCACAUCUGUUUCCCAGGAUGAUUUAGACAGAAUCUCUGCCAACAAAAUCCAGGUGAAUAAAUAACUGGCAGUGUCAUUUCAAGUUGUUGUCUGUGUCCUUGUGAAGAGUGAGGUUACCAUGGUACAUGUGAACUGUCUUUCACACUAGGAUACAUUUCAUUGUGAGGUAGCUUCUGUAGUCACCAAGCAACAAAAAGAUUCACUGUUAAUUCGGCAGCUCCAUUCUCUUUGCACCUUUUUGAUAAAUCCCUUUUUCAGGAAAGCCUUCACCGCUUAAACCACUGCUUUGCUCUUUAUGGAUUCUUUGUGCCAAUGUUCUGGAAGAUAAACCAUAGUUUUACUGUGAUUUGUUGGCUAAGACUUCAGGAACUUGAAGAGGAAAGAGUAAGCAGAAGCUUUUGAAUUUACUGUCACAUAAGAGGAAUAGAAGAGAAUGACCGUGAUUUCUCAUGGAGCUAAAAGGCGGACUACCACAUCAGUUAAAACAGUUCCCAGGACGAAUAAUCAACAGUAUCGAAAUCGGUUAAAGAAGACAUGCAUGCCAUUUGUGAGAGGUCCUGAGAAUAGACAUGACUUUGCCAGCUUUGAAGAAAAAGGCAGCAAUUCUUUCCUUAAAUUCAAUCCAGACACCCCUCCAUUUAGGCCAAAUUACUCCUUAUUCCCACACCGAGAUGAUGUGCCUCUAAUAGAUCCAUGCUCAGGUUUUGUGAGUGCAGGAGCGGAUGCUGAUCUACGGCCUGGUGUAGGAAAAUUUAUUGAAUCCCUGGCGGACUACAGUGACGUGAAACCUCAGCAGCGGGUUCCCACAGUGGGAAAUGGGGCCAGGGCUGUCCACAAGAGGCAUAUGAUCCUCCAAGAGGAAAUUAGCCAGGACCGACGGUGGAAUUCCAGGGCUGUGCCAGCUGCUUGGAUCAGGGCAAAACUCAGAGGUCAGACAACUCCAGUGAAAGGUUUUUGUGCUCCACCUGACCAACACCAUAAUUUUGCAUUUUAUAUGGAUCCCAAUCUCAAGGAAUUAAUUGAACCUUCUGCAAGUUGGAGAGAAGAAAAAGCAAAGGACUACCUCUACAAGUCAAGUACUCAAAAAGCAUAUGAAGAAGUUCCAUGGGAUAAUAUAUUGCCACCCAAAAUUCCGCCUCCUGAAUCAACACUGGAAGUGAUGGCUGAUCCUGUUUCCCAGUGUUUCACCAAAAGGAGAUACAAUCCCGAACCAGACAUAAGCCAAGUUAUUGGAAGUCUUUGGGAUAGAAUUCAAAGAAGACAUUUUAGCUCCUUACAGAGACCCGUUAAUUUCAUAAGCCGAAGCCCUCGAAUCUGUCAGAUCCCUUUGUAUACUGGCUGUGUUGGUGCAGAAAGUUUUGAAGACAUCGACAAUCCCAGUGUGGAGUUAAUCGUGUUUAACCAUGUACAGACCCCAAAGCCUCGCUACGCAAAGACUGCACACACUCCAAAUAUCCCUGGAUAUGCUGGCAAGGUUCAUUGGUUGGCAACCCAUCCGGCAAAUUCUAAUCUUCCAUCAACCUCACCAUCAAUAAUUUCACAAAUGCGUGGACACAUAGCAAAAUCUGGAAGAUCAUCUCAGUAUCAUCACCAGGGACCUUUAUCUCAGCUGAUGACUCCAGUUAGUCCUCAGAAUCCUUUCAACAAGAUUCAACGAGAAACUAUUACAGUUUAAAAAGGGUCAGUUGUAUUUACCUGCCUAACUAAGCUGUGGUGUCUGAAAGCAAGGAGGAAUGAAAUGUGUGGAUAUUUUAAAUAAAGAGCAAAAAUAACAUACAAA